AUGGGACUGCCUUUAUUCAUCACGCCGGUCGAGCCUGAGGUCUCUUCCAAGGCAGCCGAAAAGAUCGCAUCAGGCCCAAGGUCAUCGAUUCGAAGACAGCGAACACUGCGAGGACCACAUGCGCGUCUGACAUCUGAAGCGCGUAGGCGCAGAAUAUUGGGCAUGAUGCCCGAGGCUGAACCUGAAGAAUUUGAGGUCUCCGAAGGCCAACAAGCAAAUAUCUCAGAUCUGCCAUCCUCAGUCCCCGUCGCGUCGCGAGUUUGGCGCGAUGCACUCAGCUUCGAAAGACAACAUCCACCGAAUUCGGACAUCGAUGGUCCAUUAAUGCCACCAGUUCCCGAGUCGAGAGACUAUUCCUUUGCCGAAGAACGCCAGAGAGAAAUACACAGGCUGCGACAAGUCAGACAAGACCUGCGAAGAAUGGCACGCAGGCAUCCUGCCCCAACACCGCCAUAUACCGAUAGCGAUUUGGCAUUUCUAGCCCGAACGGAUUCUCCACGAUUGUCUUCUUCUAUGACCCCAGUCCUAUCACCAUCCCGCCACACUUCAACCGGAGACUCGUUCUCCCCACCACGCCGUUCCUUCGAGGACGCAGAGUUCAGUUUUACCUCCGUCAGGGGACCUUUUACGGAUUCAAUGGGAAGAUCAUCUGCAUCACUCUCGGAGAGAGUACGAUCUUUGAACCAAACCGCAAGCAAUAUUGAGAGAUCGCGGCGACUGAUUCGUCAGGCGCGCCUGGACGGGCUUGGGGAUCGAGACAGAAGCAUGAGCCCCGAAGGAGGCGCUGCGUGGGAUACUCUCCUUACAAGCAUUACACCCGACCCACAGCCACCAAGUGUAGGGUCCUCAUUUGCCUCUACAUCCGCCGCUGCAGCCGCGACAUCAUCCUCGGCAUCUGGACCGUCUUCCGGUUCAGCCUCAGCCUCUGCCAGCACUUCAAUGACAAGUCCCGACCGUGUUGGGGACCAUGAAUGUGAUAUAUCGGACUCGGAAUCAAAUACCGAGGACGAAGAGGAAGACAUUUACGAACUACAAGAGUUCAAUGGAAGCAGAAGAGGUGAUCGCUUCUGGAGGACCUAUGCUGAUGUCGUCACUACGAGAGCAGACAGAGCAGGAAGACAAGAUACUGAUCUUGGAGGAAUGCAUAGAAUCAUCUCCCGGCUGGCCCGAAGAGACGAAAUCCCGGACAAUUGGUGGACCUCAGCAGGACUGAGCAGAAACCUUCGUCGGGAACCAACGAACUGA